AUGUCACCGUCGCUACUUAUCCAAGAGGCUCCGGGAAAUGGGUGGUACACCGGACUGGGCCUGGCUGAGCUCCUGGAACGGCAGGCUAUCGUUCGCGGCACAGCCAUCGCCAUUGAAGAAGGCCCGCGCGAAGUCACAUACGGCGAACUGCACGAAAAAGCACUCUUUGUCGCCGACCAGGUCAAUAGUAUCCUUCAUGAUGACCCUUCCCCAGUCGGCAUCAUUGUCCCGCGCAGUUUGAAUCACGUGUUAUCGCAGGUUGCUGUGAUCUAUUCGGGCCGAGCUUGUGUUCCGUUGGACCCCAAGCUCCCCGACGAGAUGCUCAAGAACAUGCUCGAAAAUCUGGGCUCAACCCUUGUCAUCACGGAUAUUCUACAACAGCAUCGACUACCGGGCGUCAAGCAUCUGGUGGUUGACCACCGCGUGGUUCCUGAAACCUUUGAUGUUAACAUUGCCCCAAGUCAGAAUGGGCCGCAGACAUGCUCUCAUGUGUUCCACACCUCCGGUACAACCGGCAAGCCAAAGGCAGUCGAGGCCUUUGCAGAGGGGAUGAUCAACCUUUGCCUCGAUCCAGCGGACCUGAUUCGGAAGGGACAGCGGGUUGGACACGGCUCCAACGUCAUCUUUGAUACCUCGCUGGUGGAGAUCUGGGGCCCCUUGCUGCGCGGAGCAACCAUGGUUAUAAUCCCCCAAGAGACUGUCCUCGAUCCCCCUGCUCUUAGCGACUUCGUCAAGCAGAAAGAACUCAAUGUGCUGCAACUCACAACCUCCCUGCUCACUGUGACGGCGUAUGCCUGUCCGGAUGCUUUCUCGACCUUGGACACCCUUAUAACCGGGGGUGAGGCGAUCAACUGCCAGACAAUCCAAUCCAUCUUCGAUGCAGGAGCCCCAGGCCGCAUCAUCAACGGCUAUGGUCCGACGGAAGCCAGCGUUUAUGUUUUGUACCACGAAGUCUCGGAGGAGGAGGCCCGCAGGGGCGAAAUCCCAGUGGGAAAGCCGUUCGGCGACGUGGAGGUAUUCCUCGUUGAUGAUAACUUGAACACGGUCAAGCCGGGCGAGGUCGGCGAGCUACUGGUCUCUGGCGUGGGUGUCGCUGGGGGGUAUAUUGGGGAUCCUGAAAAGACGGCAAAGAGCUUCGUGGUCCUUCCCCAACUGCAGCGGAAGGUGGAGCGCGGACCCAACCACAUCUAUCGAACCGGUGACUUGAUGCGUGUGGAUGAGAAAGGAGUAUAUUACUACCUCGGCCGGAAGGAUAACCAGAUCAAGAUCCGUGGUCAGCGCGUGGAGCUGGAGGCCUUGGAAUCGGCCCUGGUUGGUACGGGCCUGGUGAGCGCGGCUGUGGUGGUCAAGAUCACGCCGGAAGAGGUCGGCCGUGGCCAGUUUCUGCUGGCCUACUGCAUUCCUUCCUCCCCAGAUGUCGCCAAUGGUGCCAUUAUGAAAGCCUACAUGGAGCAGGCACCACAUCUCAUGGUCCCCCGUCUGGAGCUAAUUGACAUCCUCCCCCUUCGCUCCACCGGCAAAGUUGACCGGAGGGCCCUGGAAGAACAGUAUUACCAGAAGCUCAAGCGAUCACGGGCUAAUGGAGCUAAUGGAAAUUUCAACACGGGCAGUAACGCCGCUAAACUGGAGUACAUCUGGAUUGACGUGUUUGGUCUCACUGUUGAGCAUCUGCGCCCAACCGACGACUUCGUGGCUAUGGGUGGAACGUCCUUGAUUGCUGCCACGAUGAUCGCUCGCAUUAACCAAACCUUUGGGAUCUCAUUGCGGGCUCAGAUGCUCUACGAAAACACCAGCUUCGAGAGCCUGACACGGCUCGUCACCAACAUCCAAGUUCAUGGCGAUGACUCGAGCAUUCAGGCCGAACAGGAGGUCUGGCUACAAGACUCCAGGUUGGGCGAGAACCUACGGCCUAUCGGAGGCGUUAUCCCGCACUGGCAGGACAAACACGAAGGCAGAAUUUUCCUGACGGGAGCAACAGGCUUUGUGGGCGUGUUUCUCCUCGCCACCCUCGUGAAGCGGCCUGAUGUCAAGAAGGUGGCCUGUUUGGUACGCGCCCACGAUGAGCCCUCAGCCCGGGCACGUCUAGAGAAGACUAUGGAGAAGUAUAGUCUCUACGCAAACAUGGACAAGGUCAUCGCCCUGCCAGGCAAUUUUGGACAGCCCCGGUUGGGUCUGUCUCCGGAGCAGUAUGACUACUUUGCCACAUGGUCUAGUGUGAUCUUCCAUCUCGGAGCCAAGGUCAGCUACGUGGCUCCUUAUUCCUCCCACCGCCAGGAGAAUACGAUCGGGACCUUGAACAUGCUCGAGUUUGCCACUCAUCGGCGGACCAAAGCCAUGCACUACUCGUCCACCAUCGCGGCCUACGGUCCAACUGGGUAUGUUACAGGCGCCAAGCUACUACCAGAAGAUGAGCGGCCCGCGCCGCAUCUGGCUGCUCUGCCUAGCGAUACUGGUUAUGCUCAAAGUCAGUACGUGGCGGAGGCGAUCGUCUGGAACGCCAUUGAUAACGGUUUUCCGGUGGCCGUGUACCGUCCAGGAUUCGUGCUGGGCCAUAGCAAGUCCGGCAUCUGUAACCCAGAUGAUUUCAUCUCCCGGCUCUUCACCAGCUGUAUGGACAUGGGGCUGUAUCCUAUCCUGCCCAACCAGCGCAAGGAGUUUAUUCCCGUAGACUUUGUCGUUGAUUCGAUCAUCCAUAUUUCCCAGACCCACGACAAUCUGGGCCACGCCUAUAAUCUGGUGCAGCCUGACCUUAAUAACGCCAUUGACAUCAACACCAGUUUCGACCUACUCAAUCAGCUCUCUCCUUACAAGAUGGAAGGCGUACCGUACGAGCAAUGGGUGAACUCACUCUCCGAGAGAUUGGACGACCCCCUGCACCCCCUCACUCCUAUGCUCAAAGAAAAGGUGUUUGGCAACAUGACCCGAUGGGAGGUCUACGAGAACAUGGCCGAGUUUGGGCGGGAGAACAUCCGCCGCGCCUUGCAAGAUGCUCCGCACAUUCUCAACCGCGACGACAUUGAAGUGCUCUUCCACCGGUCGCUGAAGAGUUGGCUACCAUGUUGUGUAUGGCACAAGCCCGUACGCAUGCAAGCGUGA